AAAUUAAUGCUAAAAUAAUAAUAUAGACCAUAAUCAGUCUUAAGACCUUGACUUGUACAUAUACUACCAUAGAAUUUUUAGAAUUUUUAGACAACCCUGGUUAUUAUUACCUGUCAAAUUUGACAAUUUUACUUUCGCUAAAAAAUAGGGUUAGGGUUGAUUUUUUUGUUUAUAUUUUCGUUUACCUUGCAACUAUUAUUUAAAUUAAUGCUAAAAUAAUAAUAUAGACCAUAAUCAAUCUUAAGAGCUUAACUUGUACAUAUCCCUACCAUAGAAUUAUUUAUCUGACUACAAAUAUUAUCAAUAAACAAUCGAGGGGUAAGACAUAGUUCUGAAGUAUAAACUGCUUGAAGAAAAUGGACGAUGACUUCUGGAACACGAGCAGCCACUCGGGUUUUAACUUUGAGGAAGACGAGAUCUUACCCGCUGAAGACUUGAAUAACUCGGCUUUCAGUACAUUAAAUGGUGUUUCUUCUGAAUUACCUAUACAUGCUAUUAUUUCCAAGGCAUGUUUAAACCUGAUUUUAGAUGAUGUGAAAUCUACUAUGCCCAGAGUGGUUGACUCGCCCGAAGAAACUAUUAAAAAAAUGCUCUUGGGAAUCAACCCGAACUUUCAUAACUACGUAAAGUUUAGUGACAAAAGAUGUCUUUUAGAGAAGGCAAUUGAGUCGUGUGAUGGUAACGUUAUUUUAAGUGUUAUCCUUUAUUUAAAGGGUUCCUUGAAACCGAAUCUGUUCUACUUGUUGCUCUCCAAAAACAAAUCUGCCAUUGACCAUUAUGCGAAUUAUUUAUUCAGCAAAAACGAUAUAGACGAGUUAAUAAACUUGCACUCUUUCACCGGAAAUAACCAGUUUAUGAAACUGAUAUGUCAAUGGUUAGAAAAAGGUAGCGGCAACAAAACUGCACUUUUAGAUAAAAUUGAACGUUUAUGUUCCUCGGCAAAAAUCAACGAGCCCCAAAACAAGCAGGAAUGUUCCGAACUUAUUGAAUUAACCGAAUUCCAAUUGAAGAAUAAACUUAGCGGCUCAGUAAUCACAACUUUCGCAGACCUCUGUAAUAAAGAGAUGUCCAAUAACGAGGGACUAAGCAAUUUACGAUUGUUCCAAAAAACUUAUAAAAUCGACAAUGACACUUUUGAUUGGGUUUUAUUGAAUGUAUUGGCAUCACUGAAACUUUGGGCCAAAAUAGUUGAUAUUUUCAUAAAAAAUAGCAGAUUUACUAACAAGCAAACAAUCAAUAGUGAACUUUCAGCGGAACUCUUUCUAAUCGGCCUUAAUAGACACAAGCCCCCUAAAACCCUUUUAGAAAAUUUACUGAAGUGUCUCUCAGAUAGCGAGAAAGCAUUUAUGUUGGCAACAAAACUACAGUGUCACAAUUACAUCAUCCAAUAUUAUAUAACGAGGAAAGAUCGACAGUGUUUAAUACAGUAUAGGGAUAAGGUCGAAGCGCAAAGUUCUGAUUAUUUUUUGAUCGAAGGUGCCCUCAAGUCUAGUGAUAAUUGGAAAAAUUAGGAGGUAAUUAUUUAUGUAGUUAAAUGUAGACAAAGGAAUCUUGGACAUCACAUUUUGUUAAAACAAAUUAGUUUAGCUAGAGUACAUUUUUUGACUCUAUAUUAUUUAUUUUGCGUUGAACUGAGUAUGUCUUUAGUAAAGUUAAAAAAAUAGUUUGUAGUUUUCUCUCACUUACACACUGUCUAAACGACAUUUUUUGGUAGCUUUAAGUAUUCAUACAUAAUUAUAUAAGAUUGUUUAUGUUAGCCGGUCAAGGCGUUUGCAAUGGAUUUUAAGCUCACGUUUGCUAUAAGUACGCAAGGUCGUAAUUAGUAAAUAGUUAAAAUUAUGAUUACGAUGCUCACCUUGAUUUGUAUAAUUACCUCGAAUUGUUAUCUUAAGAUUGAUAUAAAUAGUUGUUAAUUUUUGUGAAUAAACCAGUAUUGAGUUCUA